AUGGACUUUUGGUCGCGCCUGCUGAGCCCCUUGUCGUCGGGCACCUCUCGCCAGGACCAGGCCAAGGAUCCCGCCAAACGGCUGCACCGGUUCGAGAAGGAGUACGGCAGCUUGCUGUCUGCGUGGCGCACCUCGUCCAACCUCUCCCGCGACAGCGACGCCGCCGAGACGCUCGAGAUCCGCCUCCAGGACCUCACAAACAUCCUCAGUGACGAGAGCCGCCGGCCUCUCCCCCAUCCCUGCAUCCAGUAUGCCGCCAUCAAGCAAAUCUACGUGCCCAUCGGGAAGAUUGCCACCACGUCCUACGACGAGUGGAUCAUCAAGGAAGCUGUCCUCUUCUUUGCCACCCUCAUCGAGAGCGAAGAGGAGGCCUUUGUCGAAAACCCAACAUUUUCCGCCAGCCUGACAAACCUGCUGGUGCGCAUUACAGGCAUGAAUGGCGUCCCGCUCGGCCUCGACACAGAGUCGCGUGUUGUCGAGCUGGCCUUCAACAUCACCACCAAGAUCCGCCUCGAUCCCGACAUACUGCCCGCUUGGUUCAAGGCACACCAGGCGGCGCGGCAGAGCGGCGAGCGGGACCGCGAUACCCGCGAGCAGUUUGCCGGACGCACGCAGAGGGCCGAUUUCCCCCUCUUCUACAUUCUCAUGGACUACAUCCACCACGAGGGGAAGGUGGGUGAUUUCGCCCGCACCGGACUGCUGUACAUCAUCGAGGCUGCCUCGAGCUCUGCGUCCCUGGAGCAGUGGAUCGUGGAGAGCGACCUCUCGACCCUCAUGGCGACGGGCCUGGGAGCCCUUUACAGCCAGCUCAGCCGCAAGCUCGUCAUUGACCAUCUGCCGCACGACCUACCGCCCAUCCUCGCCCUUUCAGAUUACGAGCAUCCCGCAUCCAGCUACGACAUCGUCAGCUCCUGCUCCCCCGAGUUUCAGUCUCACCUCGAAACUUUUCUCUCCCACCUCUUGUUCUGGCAGGAUGUAUUGAACCAUUGCCGAUCUGUAGAUGUCAAGUCAACCCUUCUGGAGCAUUUCCAGGCUAUUUUCCUGCAACAACUGCUAUAUCCCUCGCUGCUAGAGUCCUCCGAUAUCGACGGGGGCUCGUCUGUGGCCGUCUUAACCUACCUGCGCCGUAUCCUUGAAUCCUUGGAUCAUCCCGACAUGAUCAACCUCAUUCUCCAUUACCUCUUGGCCCUCCCUGAAACUAUUGCAUCCCCCGAGGGUGCUUCCACGUCGUCCGUCAGCGACGCACGAAAGCGAAAGUCAAUGGACCUCGCCACCAUGAUGGCCGAGAAGUCGGCAGAGACCGUGACUCCUCUGCUUUUCAACCUAGUCGACCUCAUUCUUGCUUGCUUGAGGUCGCGCAACCAACAGACGAUCCACGUCACGCUCCAGCUCGUCUCAGCCAUCCUCAAGAGGCAUCACCGAUAUGCCGUAAUCACCCUGCUCAAAACCGAGGUCCUGCCCGCCAACACGGCUGACCGCACCGUUGGCGCCCACGAGCAGGAAGUUGAGUACGUUAUUGCGCUCGCUAGCUCGAUUGGUGGGCAUGGCGACUUUGACGAUGCUUACAGCAACAUUCUCAAAGACACCAUGGCGCGCUUGGAGAGCCACCCGUGCUCCCUAAGACUCGUGGCUCCCCGGAUGCCGACGAGCAACCAAAAACCACCUGCUGUACCCGACAACGAUCCGCUGCUCAAUGCCACACUGGACCUCUUGGAAACCUUCUUCAUCAACCCUGUGGAGAUGAACUUGUCAGUCACCGAGACCGUGGUUGAUCUGGCUAUAUGCGGGUAUAUGAGCAUCGAAGGAUGGUUGGCCCGGAGCCCAAAUACUUACUCGUUCCCGGAAGGAGAAGAGGCAGGAGAUGGAACGGGGACGGGCCAAGAAGAGCGCGGUGACGGGAUGUCCGUGUCCAUUGACGAGCUCGAGGUGCCCCCUGCAGGUCCGAACAGUGACAAGGGCCUAUCCGUCGGCGAAGCUCAAAUGCUGAAGGCGCUGGAAAAGUGCAAACGCAGGCCCCAGUGGUCCCAGGAAUCGGUCCCGCGAAUGCUGAGGCUUCUCAAGCGUCUAUGCGAUCAAGUCUCGUCGUUUAAAGAGAUGAUUCCUCGGUUUGAGGAACUGCUUCAGCAGAGGCGGGAGGCAUUUCAGACUGCCGAAACGAUGCUGGACCACCCGCCUCCGACCCGCAAGGAAUCUCCAGCAUCUCAAGGCACUCCAGAACGUCCGAGCCCGGACAGGGCAGCGCGGGCUAGCUCUCCAUCGCGACCCUCGGCGCUUGAAGGGUUCGCACAACGCUUUUUGCUGGAGCUUGGGACGCCGAGCCGGUCUGUGAGCCCGAGAGGCCGUAAGGAACCGGGUCGCAGCUCGGGAGCCUCGACACCGGGAACCACCCCUGGGCUGUCAGAAUCGAGCAUCCCAAGGGCUCCCCGUGUGCCCCCGAAGGAGUUCCCGAUCAACUACGCCGACCCGAACAAGAGUGGGACCCCUCGAAAUUUCUCGCCCAGCAGUGCUCGCAGUGAUCUGGGGUUGGCGAACGACGUGGGCGAGACCAGCGCUGCCAGCCAGGCGGCGGCGUUUGCUGCCAUUGACCAGAGCAUUCUCGCCAAGCGCGUCGGCUUGCCGGACGACAAGCUCAAACCCAUUCCCAUCAAGUUAGACAGGUGGCCUGCGUCGAAGCCCGGCGAGGCGGCCAGAACUGAUGGGACAGAUGGCAGUGAUGCGGCCGACACCACCCGAGUCUCCGUCGGGACAACAGAGGAUGCCGAAGCCGGCAUUUUCGCAGAGGAAACAAAAGUGUCAGUGUCGCAUGUCAUGACCAACGUCAUCAUUUUCCAAUCAUUCCUUCUGGAGCUGGCUGGCCUGAUGCAAGUCCGAGCCGGUCUAUUUGGCGAGGUUCGCUACGUUUGA